GGACUAAAUAUAUUAAGUGUAUAAUCUAUGGACGGACUUUUUGGCGGGAACGCGAGGAGUGAAGUUGUGCGAUUUGUUUUAUUUUGUCUAUUUAGUGUUUUUUCAGGUGUAAAUGUGUAAUAACGGUGGUUUAUUAACUGUUUAAUAUCUGUAAAAGUGCACAAAUGUGGGAAAAUGAAACAAAGCCGCUGGACGUCACUUCUCGGGAUCCUCCAUAAAGUCCAAUGAAAAAGUCUCAGUAGAUGACCACCAUUUUACUGAGAUUAUAUUUCAUCCCAUAUCAUCUUAUCUUCAUUUCAUUUCAUAAUUUUUCAUAAAAAUAAGAAAAUAAAUUAAAAUAAGACAUGACUUAAAGGUCUUAGUUACCAGGUCACAAAAUCCCUUAAAAAAAAUUACUGCAUUGCAGUAGAUGUGUUAAAUAGUAUAAUUGGAAAUUGAAAUUAUUUGACAAACUGUGUUGGAUUUAUAGUUACUCAAUUGUAUUGCUAACACGAUGACUCUAUAACUAAAUAGGACAGGAAAAGUAGUAUGUUAAAAAAAACCGUAUCCGCUAAAUUAUGUUAUGGUCAUGGGGUGCCAAUUCACACGGACAGCUCGGCCUAUGUUAUGUUAAUGAACAAGUCGAGAAGCCGACUAAAAUAAACAUUGACUUUCAUGGCAAUAAAGUUAAGCAAAUAGCAUGUGGAGGUGGACAUACAUUGCUUUUAGACACGGAAGGUAAACUUUACUCUUGCGGGUGGAACAAUAACCUACAAACUGCAACAGAAAAAGAAGUAAACAGCUUUGAAAGAACAUGGAGAUUGAGUGGUAUAGUGUUUACAAAUAUUGCCUGUGGAUGGGACUUCAGUUGUGGUGUCACAGAUGAUAAUUUUUUAUUUGUCUGGGGUUCCAACUACUAUGGACAACUAGGGCUGCCUCGAAAUGAAUUUCCUGAUAGCAUAAAGCCAAUAAGACUGCAAGUAAAUGCUUGUGAAGUGUCUAUGGGCUUGAGGCAUACAGCAAUUGUUAAUUCUAAGGGUGAGGUCUGGAUAACUGGCUGUGGGAAGCAUGGACAACUUGGCCUUGGCAGUGAUAAGCUAUCUUCUGAUAGGUUUGUGAAAGUAGUUAUAACAGGAAAAAUAACUCAUGUUGCAUGUGGUCAAAGACACACAGUAUCAUGGAGCUCUGAUGAAAAGGCUUUGUAUGUAUGGGGUGACAAUAAACAUGGUCAGUUACUUUUACAAAAAGAUAAAUAUCCCAAAAUUUUCUCACCUCAAAAAAUUGAUAUUGAUGUUAGACAAAAUGUUAAGAAACUGUUAAGUGGUUGGUCAAAUGUAUUAUUAUGGUUGGAAGAUGGUACACUCCUUGCUUGGGGACGAAACAAUUAUGGACAAUUGGCAACUGACCAAACAGUGGUUGCAGGGCAGAGAAUAAACAUCAAAUUACCAGAAUUUUUGUUUACAGAAGGAAGACACAUAAAAGAUGUAGCAAUAGGAUCAGAACAUGCUCUGUGUUUAGCAACAGAUAAUACCAUUUGGGCUUGGGGUUGGAAUGAACAUGCAAACACAGGGAUUAAUGCCACUCAACUGCAUAUAAGCAAACCAACUUUAGUGCCUUUUAAUAUAGAAUCUAAUUUUACUAUUACUCAGCUAUAUUGUGGUAGUGCUCACAAUUUCAUUGUAAUUGAAGAAGAUUCAUAAAAAAACCACUUAUAUGAAGAAUUCUGAACACAAAUUAGGAAGUUCAAUGUUUAAGUAAUAAGAAAGUGUGAUAUUUCCUUAUAAUUUUUCAAAAUUUUUAUGAUAAAACAUGCAAUAUUCAGAACAUGCUCUGUGUUUAGCAACAGAUAAUACCAUUUGGGCUUGGGGUUGGAAUGAACAUGCAAACACAGGGAUUAAUGCCACUCAACUGCAUAUAAGCAAACCAACUUUAGUGCCUUUUAAUAUAGAAUCUAAUUUUACUAUUACUCAGCUAUAUUGUGGUAGUGCUCACAAUUUCAUUGUAAUUGAAGAAGAUUCAUAAAAAAACCACUUAUAUGAAGAAUUCUGAACACAAAUUAGGAAGUUCAAUGUUUAAGUAAUAAGAAAGUGUGAUAUUUCCUUAUAAUUUUUCAAAAUUUUUAUGAUAAAACAUGCAAUAUUUUAUAUUUUUUUAUUAGAAUACACAUAUAUUAAUAUUUAAAAUAUUGACUAUAAAAAAAUAAUAUAACAUUACGUUGUCUUCUAGAAAAGUUGGAGGGUUCACUGCUGAGACAAAUUAAGUCUGUAAACCAAGCCACUUAAUUAAUUAUGAAAUAUAUCAGUUUCUUAAAAUCAUUUUAGUAGAAACUUUUUUAUAUUGCUGUUAGUGUUUCCACUUAAGAACAAACAUGUCCUUAAAUUCAAACUGAAUCACAUAAAGGACACACUAAUGUGUGUAACAAUAAUAAACCAGUAAACAAUAUUCAUUUUUAAAUUAGUAUAAUUUACAUAUUAAAGAUUAUAACAUAGGAUUAUAUAAAAUUUCAAGACAUUCAUUAUCAAUCAAAAAAUAAUCAAGUUCAAUCACUUGAUCACUGACACAAGAAGACAAUCAAUUAACAUUUUAUUAAUGACACUAAUAAUUUAGACAUAUUUGUAGACAUUUUGUAAUUAUCUGGACAAUGGCUACAUUUUUCUGCAAUUCUAAAUACUCAUGCAAAGAAUAGCUAAGCAGCCCUUAAAGUAGUACCUUAAUAUUUAAAUAAUGUCCUGAUGCUAAAUAACAGUCAAUCUUCAAUUUAUCAAUUUAACUAUAAAAUCAAAACAAAACUAAUAAAAACAAUUACAAUUGAAAUUCCAAUUCCAAAUUUGAUUAAUACUUGUGGAAAAAAACUAUCAUCAAUUUAUUAUCAGGAUAUUACGUUGCACGGUUCAUCCAUAAUAAAAAAAUGUUUUCGGUUCAUUCUUAACAUAUAUUUUGCUACCUCUUCCUUUCCCCUUUCUGUGUUUUACGCUUUUCUUUCUUUUCUUCUUUCAACUGUUUUUGUUUUUCCCUGAAAGAUGUCAUAAGCUAUUACAAUUUUGUGAUUAGAAAACAAAGUUUACCCAUCAAAAAUACUUUUAUGGUUUUAUUAUUUAUAAUGUGUCAAACACUUGAAAUUGAACUGUAAAAGUGCUUUUAAUUAUGUAUGACUCGUGAAAACUAAAAUUAUACUAUAUUUUACUUAGACUAAUAAUGGAAAUAUUGCAGUGAUAUGAUUAGUAGUUAUUAAAACUAACCUAUCUUCUU